CCCUCAGGAACGAGGUUCUGCCCUACCCAUCGGUCCACCGUGUCCAGCGGGUAGGCGCCUGUAGCGCCUCCUGGGCGGACACGUGGAGGGACCGCUCUGCCGGCGGGGGCAGCGGUCCGGGGCCCCAGCCGGCCGGCGAGGGCGGGCGCAGUGCGCGCAGCCCCGGGCUGUUUUCGAGCCGGGCGGGCGCGCGGGGCGGGGCGGGCGGGGCGGGGCGGGCUCCGCGCUCCGUCCGCCCCUCGCGCCGCGCCGCGCUCCCCCGCGCUCCCGCCCCUCCGGUGCAGCGGCGGUCGCGGGCGAAGCAACUUUGCGUGCGUCCAGGCGGGCCGGACUGUCCCGCGCAGAGCCCGCGAGGUCAUGGACGCACUGGCCUGGCUGCUGCCCGCGCUCCUGCUGCUGUGCGCGCCCCCGCGCCGCGGCGCCAGAGCGAUGAAUGACAUUGGGGACUACGUGGGCUCCAGCCUGGAGAUAUCCUGGCUCCCCAACCUGGACGGCUUGAUGGAGGGCUAUGCCCGCAACUUCAGGCCUGGCGUUGGAGGCCCCCCUGUGAACGUGGCCCUGGCCCUGGAGGUGGCCAGCAUCGACCACAUCUCAGAGGUGAACAUGGAAUACACCAUGACCGUGUUCUUGCACCAGAGCUGGAGGGACAGCAGGCUCUCCUACAACCACACCAACGAGACGCUGGGCCUGGACAGCCGCUUCGUGGACAAGCUCUGGCUCCCUGAUACCUUCAUCGUGAACGCCAAGUCCGCCUGGUUCCACGACGUGACGGUGGAGAACAAGCUCAUCCGGCUGCAGCCGGACGGUGUGAUCCUGUACAGCAUUCGAAUUACCUCGACAGUGGCCUGCGACAUGGACCUGGCCAAGUAUCCCCUGGACGAGCAGGAGUGCAUGCUGGACCUGGAGAGCUAUGGCUACUCUUCUGAGGACAUCGUCUACUACUGGUCGGAAAACCAGGAGCAGAUCCACGGGCUGGACAGGUUGCAGCUGGCCCAGUUCACCAUCACCAGCUACCACUUCUCCACGGAGUCCAUGAACUUCAAGUCCGCUGGUCAGUUCCCCCGGCUCAGCCUGCACUUCCACCUGCGGAGGAACCGGGGUGUCUACAUCAUUCAGUCCUACAUGCCAUCUGUCCUCCUGGUCGCCAUGUCCUGGGUCUCCUUCUGGAUCAGUCAGGCAGCAGUGCCCGCCAGGGUAUCUCUAGGCAUCACCACCGUGCUGACCAUGACCACGCUCAUGGUCAGUGCCCGCUCCUCCCUGCCGCGGGCCUCAGCCAUCAAGGCGCUGGACGUGUACUUCUGGAUCUGCUAUGUCUUUGUGUUCGCUGCUCUGGUGGAGUACGCCUUCGCCCACUUCAAUGCUGACUACAGGAAGAAGCGAAAGGCCAAAGUCAAGGUCGCCAAGCCCAGGACAGAGAUGGACGUGAGGAACGCCAUCGUCCUCUUCUCCCUCUCGGCUGCUGGGGUCACCCAGGAGCUGGCGGUCUCCCGCCGGCAGUGUCGCAUCCCUGGGAACCUCAUGGGCUCCUACAGGUCAGUGGAGGUGGAGACCGGGGAGACGAAGAAGGAGGGGGGCAUCCGCCCGGGGGGCCCAGGGGGCAUCCGUGCCAGGUUCAAGCCCAUCGAUGCGGACACCAUCGACAUCUACGCCCGCGCCGUCUUCCCCGCGGCCUUCGCGGCUGUCAACGUCAUCUACUGGGCAGCCUACGCCAUGUGAGGGGACCCUGUGCCCCCGCCUGCCACCCCCGGAGGAAGAGCACCCUCUGCGUCCAGUGGGAGGACGGUUGGCCCCGCAAAGGGAGAGGAAGCCUGUGUCCUGAGCUCUGACCCUGGGGAGGACCAGCCGUGCUCCCGGCGGACGGAGACCGUAGCGGACAGAGGGGAGGCCCUGGCCUGGCCCUGAGGCCCAGGCAGGCUCCGCAUCUUGGGUCUCGGGCUCACCCUGACUUCCAGGCCUUUGUUCGGUGGAUCGGGAUUAAGGUGGGAGGAGGUGGUGCACAGCCUCUGCUGCGGUGAGAUGGGGGAGAAGCCACUGCACGUCCUCCUUGAUCCCAGCAUGAAAUAAACCUUGACCUGG